AUGUGGUUUCUCUUCUUGUCUCUCCCUCUUGUUUUAGCUUCAAUUUCAAUAGAGCUGAAUUCCCCCUAUAAGUCUUACAGCGAGUUUUGAAAGCGCUACAUCAGCCUAGUCUCAAAGCAAAAGGCACUUGGGUAUUCUUCAUCAGUUUUAUCAAACUACCAAAAUGUAAGCUUAAAAUAGGCCCAAUACUAUGGGACAAUUUCUUUAGGAACUCCUCCUCAGAAUUUCAGUUGUCUAUUUGACACAGGCUCCACAACGGUUUGGGUUGUAGAAAAAGGCUGCACAACCUGCCACCUCUGCAGUAAUACUUUUGACCCAUCCGCCUCUUCAACCUUCCAAGACCUAUCUGAAGACCUUUCAAUUCAGUAUUUAAAAGGCUACACUGCUGGCCAAAUGUCAGCCGAAACUAUUUCUAUUGGAGACUCUUCUUCAGUUUCAGCUGAAAAUUAUGCAUUUUUAUUAGCUAAUGAUGAAAAGGAUAAUGAUGGAUAUAGACCUGAUGGACUUGCAGGCUUUGCGUUUGACAGUCUGGGGCAGGGCUAUCCUUCUUUGGUUUCUGUCUUAAAAAACCAAGGAAAAAUCCAAAACCGCCAAUUCGCAUUUUUCUUGAACUGGCUAGGGCAAUCUCCUAAAUCUAACUUAAUGAUUGAUGGGUAUGACCUAGAAAAAUACUCAAAUGAUACUGAAUUUACUUAUGUAAAUUUAACUAGCACUGAUCCUUUUUUUUGGGAAAUUUUGUGCGAUAGUGUAAAAUUUAAUGAAAAUGAGCUGAAUUUGCAAAUCCCAGUUGUAAUUGAUACCGGGACAAGCUUUAUUUAUGGGCCAAGUAGAGCUGUGCAGGCUAUUCAAAGUGAAUUGUUAAGUAACCAUGAAUGUGAGUAUGAAUUAGAGUCAGGACUUGUGAGAUGUUGGAAAAAUCCUAAGGAUCAUAAGUACCCGAUUUUUGAGUUAGCGAUUAAUGGAAAAAGCUAUGUUUUGGAGCCGCUGCAAUACUUUUACGAGGAUUCUUGGAGCGGGUAUUUUUAUUUGCCUAUAUGUCCAUAUGAGGAAGAAUCUUGGCUUCUUGGAGAUGUCUUUAUAAGAAACUUUUAUAUCACUUUUGAUAUGGACAAUUUGAGAGUUGGACUGGCAAGAUCUAUAGCGAGCGCAUCAAAUGGGGCUUCCAAUUUAAUUGCUACAGCCUGGAGUAUUGCGGCUAUAAUUUACUUUAGCCUAUAG